AUGGCACCACGGCCUCGAGACAGCGACACAUCGCAACCCCCCCCCGCUGCGUCUGUGCUAGAGGUUAUCGCUGCCCGCCUGACCCCGGCCUAUGAAAGCAUGCCCAGCGGCCUGACCGACCGGCAAUGGACAAUUAUACAGUCUACAUCACUAGCUGUCGCCGCGCUAAGUUUGGCAUCUGUCACCCUCGCCUUUUACUGGUUCUCUCGCAUGAGGCGGAGCUUCAGACAUGACUUGAUCAUGCUCCUUAUGUCGAGUGACAUGCUCAAGUCGCUAUGGUUCAUCAUCUUCCCCAUCGUCGACUUGAAGACGAGUUCAGUCGCAUCAGGGUCCUCGUUCUGCCAAGCGAGUGGUUUCUUCCUCGCCGUCGGCAUAGAAGCAUCCGAUAUCGCCGUCGUUCUCAUCGCUCUCCACACAGCAAUCUACAUAUUUCGCCCCCGACACUCUGGACGCCAGAGCGGCCUGUAUCCCCACCGCCGCCUUGCGUUUAGCGUCUUCGCGCUCUUUCCACUCCUGAUGGCCUCUCUGGCCUUUGUCAACUCUCCCGGCUACGCGAACAAUGGCGAAUACUGCUACUUGCCAACCCGUCCUGAGUGGCCGAGGCUCGUCCUCAGCUGGGUGCCACGCUAUGUGAUUCUCCUCACCAUCGUUGCGCUGUACGCCUACAUCUACAUAUACGUCACGCUGCGCAUGCGGCGUUUCGGUCGCCUCAGUGCCAUGAGGCGAGCCAGUGCGACACAGAUACCAGACGACGGGCACUGGGCUCACAUCCCUUCGGUGCCUGCCACGCCGACCUCUCGCCGUGGAUCCGAGACCUCCAUGGAGGGCUCGGAGCAACGUCGUAACUCGUCCGAAGCCACAACAAUGACGGCCGAGAUCGAGCUCCUACACGGCCGUCAAAAGAUUACGUGGAACUGGCCGGCAUACGGCACCGACGACGACGGGCAGAUUCCCGUGUCGGAUGUCGUCCUUUCGCCCCGGGCGUUGGAACCCAGCGCCAGCCCCCGUUGCCCCACCUUCGAGCCCAUUUCGCCUCCCCCCCAGAGCUACAUCCGCCGCGACACCGCCGAUAUGAGCCCUCCAACACCCCACUACCAACGACAAGCAAGUCUCACCACGUACUGGCAGCCGCCGAGCAGUCCGAACACGAGCGCCCGCGCCAAAUCGCUGGCCAACAUCUGGUCGAUUCUCCGCCGGGGGACGACCCUCGAAUCGGACCCCGAACACAACGCAACCCCCUUCCUCUUCCACCCGGCCAUGGACGGCACGGGCAUGACCAAGACCCGCGACAAGAUCCGUCGUCAGCUGCGGCUGCUCUUCGUGUACCCCCUCGUCUACAUCCUCAUCUGGGCGGUGCCAUUUGUCGCGCACGUCAUGCGCUGGGACAACCCGGAGGACGCGGGACCCUUCCCCGUGGUGUUGCUGUCAUUAGUGAGCCUGUCAAUACAGGGCCUGGUGAACUCGUGCCUGUUUUGCGCCGUGGAGAAGCCGUGGAUCGAUAGGCGGGCCAGGUACAGGAGGGCGCCGUCCAAGAAAGGGCGGGACAAAGACGAGAUCCGGCAACGGGCCGGACGAAGGACAUCAUCAUUAGCGUAG